GAUGAAACAGGGCCAAGAAGUGAAAAGGCACAAAACUUGCUCGAUAAAUAUAAGAAGCCUUUAUGCCUAGUCCACGAAGCUAGUUUCAGAGUACAGAUGACCUUUAUGCUUGCCUGUCCCCAUCAGGCACAGGUGACUUUUAUGCUUGCCUGUGUAGCCUUUAUGCCGUCCGGAGACAUUCAAUCGAUUGGAACUAUCAACAGAGGACUAAAAGAGGUUAAGAAGGAGGACUUUCUAGAUGCUUGUGAACAGCCAACGACAAGAGCAAAAAUAGGACUAUACAUUAUAUGUUUGAAUAAAAUCGUUAAGGAUGAAACAGAGCCAAGGAGUGAAAAGGCACAAAACUUGCUCGAUAAAUAUAAGAAGCCUUUAUGUCUAGUCCACAAAGCUAGUUUCAGAGCACAGGUGACCUUUAUGUUUGUCUGUGUAGCCUUUAUGCCAUUUCGAUUCUAG